AUGGGAAGCAGUAAAAAGAAGAAAGAAAAGAAGAAAGACUUUAUUAAACAGAAGUUAAAGGUAGGAAAGAACGAAAAGGCUGCUAAUUAUACUGAUACUUCAUUUAAAGCCAAAUCCAUUUCUUUACCUAAUCAAAAUUUAGGUACUAAAGAUAUUACUUCAUAUAUUGCAUUAACUAAGCAUCAUUCUUCAUCUACUAGAAAAGAAGUCUUAGGUCAUAUAGAGAAACAACUAGACACUUUUAAUGAUGCCACAAUCUUAAAAAAGGUCAUCUCCAACAUUAUUCCUUUAAUUAAUGAUGAAUCCUUAGAGGUUAGAAAAGCGUUAUUAUCACUUUUUGAAAAAUUAUGUAAUGAAUAUUUAUCUGUUAUGGUUUUACAUGAUAAGCAGUUCAUCCUUUUCAUUCAUUCAUCCAUGAAUCAUUUAAAUCCUAGCAUCAAGAAUUUUCUGAUUAAUUUCUUAAACUUGGUUAUAAAUCAUUUCCCUGAUAAUUUGAUAAAUCUUCAUUUCACUAAAACUUUAGAUGGAUUAUUAGCCUUCAAAACCACCGAUAAAACAAAAGCCUUACAUACAAAGAUCUUUAAGAAUUUCAUAGAGAAAUCUUUAGUGGAACCUACUCAACUGAAAUUGAAAUAUCAUGUAUUAACCAAUAACUAUAUCACCAUUAAUGAAUUCAACAGUUUGAAUUUAUUCCACAACGAGAACUUAUCCACAGAUUUGAAUACCAGAAAACAGAUACUAACAGAUAAACAUGAAGAUAUCAAAGAGAAGAUCGAUUUUGUCAUAGCUGUAUGA